GCGCGUCGGAACGAGCGCACGAGUCCCCGGCGCGCCCGCCGCGCUCGCCCCGCCGCCGCUGCCAGCCGGGCGCCGCCUGCGCUCCGGACCAGCCCGAGUCGCCCAUCGGCGACGUCCGCGGGGUCCCCGGGAGGGCGAGGGAAGGGCCGUCCGCGUCGCCCACGCCCGAUUCCUCGCACCGAGUCCCCUGCAAACGCCGCCCGGACCGCGGGGCUGCCCCGGGGAGUCGCUGAGGCCGAGCACCCCGGGAAGGAGGAUCCCGCGGACGGCUGCAGCCCGAGCUUCCUGCAUCAAAGGUGGACUUCUUGCUCUGCCCACAACUCUGCUUACACUGGGAUGCUUGUAGCUGUCCCUUCAAAGUCCUUAGUGAAUUUUUAUUGGCCAUCAUUAGGAUAUUUCCCAUUUCCUCUGUUAGUUCCAUCGUCGUCGUCGUCAUCAUCAUCACCACCAUUCUCCUCCUCAUCAUCACAGACUAAAUUUUCUGUGAGUCCUGAUCAAGGGGUACAAAUGUGCUGCAAUGGUGACAUAAACUAUUGACUGAGACUGGAACAGGAGCUGGACACCAUCUCUUCUCUUCUUCUUUUUUUUUUUACGGUGCUUCUAUUGGAACAGUCUGAGUAAAGUACAUACAACAUGAGUUUUAUCAUGAAGCUUCACAGACACUUUCAAAGGACGGUUGUUCUGCUUGCCACAUUUUGUAUGGUGAGCAUUAUUAUUUCUGCGUACUACCUGUACAGUGGCUACAAACAGGAAAAUGAACCCUCUGAGAUGAUGUCCGAAGUGGACUGUGGGGAUUUCCAGCACCUACCAUACAGGCUUGUGGAAGUGAAGGCAAUGAAGCUUUCUGAUGCCUCGAGGACAGACCCCACAGUCCUGGUGUUUGUGGAGAGCCAAUACUCAUCACUUGGUCAAGACAUAAUUAUGAUUCUAGAAUCCAGUAGAUUCCAGUAUCACAUUGAAAUUGCUCCUGGAAAGGGGGAUCUCCCAGCACUUACAGAAAAAAUGAAAGGCAAAUAUAUCCUCAUUAUUUAUGAGAAUAUAUUAAAGUAUAUAAAUAUGGACUCUUGGAACCGAAGCCUUUUAGAUAAAUACUGCGUGGAAUAUGGUGUGGGUGUCAUUGGAUUCCACAAAAGUAGCGAGAAGACUCUACAGAGCUUUCAGUUGAAAGGUUUCCCUUUCUCCAUAUAUGGAAACCUUGCAGUAAAAGAUUGUUGUAUUAAUCCUCAUUCUCCAUUGCUUCAUGUGACCAAAUCUUCCAAGCUUGAAAAAGGUUCUUUACCUGGAACUGACUGGACAGUUUUCCAGAUUAAUCACUCAGCCUACCAACCAGUAAUAUUUGCCAAAGUAAAGACUCCAGAGAACCUUUCUCCUCCUCCCAUCUCUAAAGGUGCUUUUUAUGCCACUGUCAUACAUGACUUGGGGCUUCAUGAUGGAAUUCAAAGAGUUUUUUUUGGCAACAACUUGAACUUUUGGUUGCACAAGCUUAUAUUCAUAGAUGCUGUUUCCUUCCUGUCAGGAAAGAGGCUGACACUGUCCUUGGACAGGUACAUUCUUGUGGAUAUUGAUGAUAUUUUUGUGGGAAAGGAGGGAACAAGAAUGAACACCAAUGAUGUUAAGGCCCUGCUUGACACUCAGAAUCUUUUGCGUGCACAAAUCACAAAUUUUACGUUCAACCUGGGAUUUUCAGGAAAAUUUUACCAUACAGGAACUGAAGAGGAAGAUGAAGGGGAUGACCAUCUUCUGGGGUCUGUGGAUGAGUUUUGGUGGUUUCCUCAUAUGUGGAGCCAUAUGCAACCCCACCUCUUCCAUAAUGAGUCAUCUUUGGUGGAGCAGAUGAUUCUCAACAAAAAAUUUGCCUUAUUCAGCAGAACUGCUAAUUCACAUUGGCUGAAAUGUCUCUUGUCAAGUGAGCAACCUUCUAGAUUGGAGCACGGCAUUCCUACCGACAUGGGCUACGCGGUGGCCCCUCACCAUUCGGGCGUCUACCCUGUACACGUUCAGCUUUACGAGGCCUGGAAGAAGGUUUGGAACAUUAGAAUCACCAGCACUGAAGAAUAUCCACAUCUGAAACCAGCUAGAUACCGGAGAGGCUUCAUCCACAAAAACAUCAUGGUUCUUCCAAGACAAACCUGUGGGCUUUUCACUCACACAAUUUUCUACAAAGAAUAUCCAGGAGGUCCCAAAGAGCUGGACAAGAGUAUCCAAGGAGGUGAACUUUUCUUCACUGUGGUUCUCAAUCCAAUCAGCAUUUUCAUGACGCAUUUGUCCAACUAUGGGAAUGACCGCCUGGGACUAUAUACGUUUGUUAAUCUGGCCAACUUUGUGCAGAGCUGGACCAACUUGCGACUUCAGACUCUGCCUCCAGCGCAGCUGGCUCACAAGUAUUUUGAGCUCUUUCCUGAUCAAAAAGACCCUCUCUGGCAGAAUCCUUGCGAUGACAAACGCCACAGAGACAUUUGGUCAAAAGAAAAAACCUGUGAUCGCUUACCAAAAUUCUUGGUAAUAGGACCCCAGAAAACUGGAACCACUGCUUUGUAUUUGUUCCUGGUUAUGCAUCCUUCCAUCUUUAGUAACUCCCCCAGCCCAAAAACCUUUGAGGAGGUACAGUUCUUUAAUAGAAAUAACUACCACAGGGGGAUUGAUUGGUAUAUGGAUUUCUUCCCAGUCCCAUCUAAUGUCACCACUGACUUUCUGUUUGAAAAGAGUGCCAAUUACUUCCACUCAGAGGAAGCUCCUAAAAGAGCAGCUUCUCUGGUCCCCAAAGCCAAGAUCAUCACAAUCCUCAUCGACCCCUCAGAUCGAGCAUAUUCCUGGUAUCAGCAUCAGCGAUCGCAUGAAGACCCUGCAGCUCUGAAGUUUAGCUUCUACGAAGUGAUCUCAGCUGGGCCCCGUGCACCCUCCGAGCUUAGAGCCUUGCAGAAGAGAUGUUUGGUCCCAGGGUGGUAUGCCAGCCACAUCGAGAGAUGGCUUGUUUAUUUCCCUCCCUUUCAGUUGCUAAUUAUCGACGGGCAACAGCUAAGGAUGGAUCCUGCUACAGUGAUGGACGAAGUACAGAAAUUUCUAGGAGUCUCUCCUCAUUAUAAUUACUCUGAAGCUUUAACGUUUGAUUCUCAUAAAGGGUUCUGGUGUCAGUUAUUGGAAGAAGGUAAAACAAAAUGCCUUGGAAAGAGCAAAGGAAGAAAAUACCCUCCAAUGGAUCCUGAUAAAAAUGCCAGCAUCCAACUGUCACCAAAACAUCAUAGAAUGCAUGUAAUCCAGAGCAGAGAAUUUCUGUCAAGCUACUACAGAGAUCACAACGUGGAACUGUCCAAACUGCUGCACAGACUGGGGCAGCCUCUGCCAUCCUGGCUGCGACAGGAGCUGCAGAAAGUGAGAUAGCACUGAGACAACUUGAGAGCCCGUCUGCCGUGUAACAUUCACCUUUCCCAAAGCUUCCAAAAGCUACCAAAAGGCUGUUUAAAAAUAUACCUCUUCAAAUGAGAAAAAAAGAACAAAGUUCCUUCCAUGUGCUGGCAUGUGGAUGAUUAGGAAAAAACAAACAAAAAGAAAAGAAAAAAGAAAAAAAAAAAGAAAAUAUACCUGUUACAAGCCUUGAGGCCUAUGGCCUUUCUCUCAAUCCAUAUCUGAGCCUGUGGGAUUAUUGUAGACUACUGUGCACUCUUGUGGAAGUCAAGUGCAACCAAUAUAGGUAUCAAACACAAAUGCAGAAUUGUUCCAUUUCAUAGUAAUAUUUACACUUUUAUAUAUCAAGUAAGAUUGUGUGUCUGUAGAUUUUUAGGCCACUGUUUGCCUGUAAAAUGUUUUCUUAUUCUUUGAUUCUAUAAGUGUCCUACAAAACAAGAAGCAAAAUAAACAUCACAAUGUAGCAUAAAAUGCCAAAGGCAUAAUACCCAUGAAAAUGCUUGCCAAGAUAUAAACCCACUGAAUAUUUAAAAGAAUCGUAAAUUAAAAUUUGCGCUAGAUCAGAGAGUGACAAAGUUAUAUAUGAGGUUUACCUGCAUCUCAAUAAAAAGGUAAGUGCUAUAGCAAAAAAAAGUGAUUUUUCAUACACAUACUUUACUGCAUUUAUGUAAAAAUUACUAACCUCUGUCGUAAUGUAAUUGUUAUAUUGAGAUAUGUUGUAAAGCCAUCAAAAGGUACAUGGAAACACGCUGAGUAUACUAAAACGGUAAAUGGUAAUGUAAAGUGUACUUACUAACUCCUCUAAAAGGGAGAAAUUGUAGGAGUCUUAGAUAUAUCAUUGACAAUUUAUCUCCUCUUUUUGAGAACUACAAAGCUAUCCAACAGUCCUCACUGGUUCUACAGAAACACUUGCAUAGAAUGUGAGGUAUGUGUCAUCUCCAGAAACAUACUGACUUUUAAAAGUAAACAACUUUUUAAAAAUUUUCUCAAGAACAAGACCUAUUAAAUGAAAACUAAGCACAGUGUCUCUAGAUGAUAUGUUAUGUUAUUCAUAUCUAAUUAUAGAAAAACCACAUUUUUCCAGAUAGUUCAAAAUGAAAUUGUGUAAUGUAGAGAUUUAUUAAAAAAAUUGAUAUAUGAUUUUUAAUCUCAUAUUUCCCAUGAUACUUUUAAUAUAAGGCAGAAGAAAAUAAGCCAGGGCCACAUCCCAUUUUCUUUAGAAUAUUUUGUAUAUUCUCUUGUGGAAGACAAUAAAACAUAGUUCAAUAUAAGGAUUAUCUACCAAAUUAAUUGGAGGGAGGUCAAAGAUGAGCCAGACAUGAUUCCUUAACUUAAAUUUUAAUUGAUCAUAUGAUUAAUAAAGUAUUCAAAAAAGAAAAGAAUCAUACUUAUUGUCCUAUGCUUGCAUUUACUUAAUUUUUAAAUUCACUGUACACAUAAAAAAAUUAAGUAGUAAAGUCCCUGCUAUGAUUACAUAAGCUGUUAUAAAACGUUAUUGAAAGUAUGAUCAGGAGAAAAAAGAUAUGCAAGAAAAAGCUAAAGCCCAAAUAUUUUCUUUGUCAUUAUAAUGUGCGAAACUACUCCAUCAAUUAUUCACUAAUUAGAAAACGAAUUUGGAGAUCCUUCCACUUACUGGAAAUUUUUUAAAUUACAUUAUAAUUAUUAGGUAUUUUUUUAAAGUUGUAUGUACCCAAAUAAUACACUAAGUUUUAAACAAACAAGCUAAUACCCAAAAGAACUGGAGAAAGAACAGGUUUUUAAGACCUCUACUAUAAAAGCAAAAUCAAAGUCAUUUGGACCAAUAUGGUAAACUCAAUCUUCAUGUUUACUGUGGCCUUUUUUAAAGCAGCACUUGCCCAGCACGGUAGGAAAAUGAAUGUAAUCUUUCAUCUCCGCUAAUUCAAGAAAACUGGCUUAAGAGGGGCACACAUGAUGAGAAUAAGGCCCAGCAGUUACAUACAAUAUCAUGUUUUUAUUUUGACAACACUUCCACUGAUUAAAAAAGAAAAGAAAAAGAAAAACUGAUACAUUUGUGUUUUAAUGACAGGAUGUGCAUUUAAAUUUCUAAACAAAGCUGCUCACGGCACAAUUUUGUCCAGAUAAACUGAGUCAGGUGCCAGCCAACCCUUUAAGAUAAAAGUUAAAAAACAUACUGGAUGCUUGUAUAAUGAAAGAAAAAGGAAAAGAUCAUACCAAAAUUUACUCAUUCGGAGGACAGGCAUUAUGCUAUCUAUAGUAGCAAACCUUUGAAAGGAUUUUUGACCACUCAAUGUAUCUUGGAGGCAACAUCAAAUUCUAGAGGACAUACAUACUUUCUAAAUUAAAUACUCCAGCUGGUUAUUAAGAUAUUCUAAAUGUAACAUAAAUACAUAUGAGAAAAGAAUGAGAGCUAAUGUGAUUUAAAACUAGCUUUGUAUAGAAUUCCUUUUUCAUUGCUUAAAAUUGGAACUUCCUCAGGAAGAAAUGAAAUGGUUAUUUCAAUGUUUAUAGCUAUGAUAUUCUUGUCAUUCACAUUGAAUGAAAAUUACUGGAAACAUUUUUUCUCUGAGUUUUUUAAAAUAAAAAACCUAAAUAUAAUUCUGAUAGUAGCAUGGUACCUCAUAUGUACAACAAUAAA